AUGGAUGGUGGACACAUGCACGGCGGCAUGGAUGGUAUGACACACAACUCAUCAUCAUCAUCAUCAAAUGGAACCACGAAGAUACACGGCAUGAUGCACAUGACAUUCUACUGGGGAAAAGACGCGUUGAUUCUCUUCAACGAUUGGCCUGCUGGUGACACCGGUAUGUAUGUAUUGGCCUUGAUCAUUGUUUUCAUCAUGUCGGUUCUCAUUGAGUUACUCUCCCGAACCCGGUUUGUUAAACCCGGUUCGAACCCUGUAAGUGCCGGUCUGGUUCAGACGCUGUUGCAUGUACUGAGAGUUGGUCUAGCUUAUUUGGUUAUGUUGGCUCUUAUGUCUUUCAAUGGAGGCGUGUUCUUGGUUGCUGUGCUUGGUCAUGCUCUUGGAUUUCUCUUGUCUAGCAGUGCUUUCAGAAAACAACAAAACCAUGAUGAGCCUUAUGAUCUUCCUCCUAUAUCUUGUUAA